AUGUCCGCCUCAACCUCCGCCGCCAUGAACGCCUUCCCAGACGACCCCCUCGUGCAAGCCGUCAAGGCCCACGUUAAAGUCUACAUGGAACCCUACGACGCCUCCCAUUCCUGGGAUCACAUCGAGCGCGUCGUGUCGCUAGCCCACCACAUCUACAACCACUCCGACGCCGCCUUCCAAGCCACCGCCGACCUGCGUGUCAUUCACCUCGCCGCCCUGCUCCACGACGUCGGCGACCGCAAAUACCUCCCCCCGGGCGAAACCCCCCACACGCAAAUCACCACGCUCCUCACCAGCCUCUCCUGCCCGCCAGAACUGGCCACGCGCCUCCAAACCAUCUGCAGCUCCGUCAGCUACAGCCACGAGAAGUCGCAGCCCGCCGCGCACAUGGCCGCGCUCGUGGCCGCGCACCCGGAGCUGGCCGUCGUGCAGGACGCCGACCGGCUGGACGCCAUGGGCGCUGUGGGGCUGGGGAGGUUGUUUACGUAUGGCGGGGCGCGCACGCGCAGGGGCAUGGGCGAGUCGAUGGCGCAUCUGGAUGAGAAAUUGGUAAGGCUGGAGGGCCUGAUGAAGACGGUGGUGGGGAGGGAGGUCGCGAGGGUUAGGGGGGAGAGGUUGCGGGUUUUUAGGGGGUGGUGGGUGGAGGAGGUGGGGGGGUUGCCUGAGUUGGAGUUGGAGGGGGAGGGGUUCUUGACAUCAACCAUGACGACCUCACCCACCCUUCUACCACCUUCUCCUACCUACAACAACAUCGCCGCCAAACCACCCAACACCGCCAACGUCCCCGCCACCUGGUUCGCCACCGCCCCACCCGUCGAGAUAGGCGGCUUCGGCCCACCGGUACCAGUCCCCGGACCAGUCCCAUUAUUACCGGGGUUCACCAUCGCCGUCGUCAUGGUCGACGCACCCGACUGCGUAACACUGCCCGACGGCGGCACCGAGUGGAUGAAGGUGAUGGUCGUGGUUGGCUCGUCACCACCCGAGGCGGAGCUGCUCGGGUUGCCGGGGUUGAUGAAGGUGAUGGUGGUGGUCGGCUCGGCGGUGUCGGUGGCGGUGGAUGGGCCGGGGUUGACGAAGCGGCCAGCUAUGCCGAUCUUGUCGGCGCCGCAGCGGAUGAUGAUGUCGGUGCCCAUGGAGUCGCCGGCGCAGAAGGCAGCGUUGGGCUUCUCGCAGAUGUACUUGCCGUCUUCGUACUUGACUUGGGCGCUGACGAGGGCCGCCGAGGCCAAGAUCAGGAUGGAGGUGGUCUUCAUGGUUGUGGUUGGGGUGUGUACACGGGCACGACAAAACAGUGGUGAGACCGUCAAGACAAGAAAACAUGGCGAAGAGGCCAAUGGGAUGGUGGCCUUUGGCUUGCGGGUCUCACCGGUGGUAGACCUCGUUUUCUCAACUCGGACAACCGAUUGUAACGUAUCGAGCUCGCGGCACUUUGGUAUUGCGGCGCCCCGGCGCUCAACCGCGAGACCGAGUGGCUGGAGUGCCAGUCAUCCAGUCCAUGGCCGUGGCUCGUAUUUGGGCGGGCUCGGCGGGGUCUCCUAUUAUUGCCUUUUUGCCACUUCUGGAUGCAGGGUGCGAGUCCCAAAGGGGAAAUUCAGCCCAAAACAUCUAACGGAGCCUCGGAGCUUCUUUACUAGUACCGGUCCGACAGAAAGGACAAGGAGCCGUGCCAUGAGCCGAGACAGACACAUCAUUGUUUACAGAGUCAAGGUAAACUCCUGCUGGUUUUUCAGAUAUCUGGAGCCCAAACUUGGUACUUUAAGACAAGUCCCGCGCCGCGAACUCGCCACUCAGGCCGCUGGGAUCUCUAACAACACCACCUCGACAAGAGGAUCCCGCUGUAAAUUCGGCAUCGCAACGCGGCGCGGGAACCAGACAGCGACGAGGAUAGACUUGCCAGCCAGCCUUUCGCCCAGGAUAUCUGGGUUCAUCAAGGCAAAGUAA